CAGCCUAGGCUUGCGCUACAAGCUCUUCACUCUUGUCCUCUAUUUGCUCUCACGGUUGCUUUCUUAAUAGACCCGCUCUCCUGUUGCUAAUGGUGGUGUGCGUCGUCCCAUGGUGCAUCAACCUUGCUUUCUGUCUUUUCUCUUGGUUCUCUCCCUGUUGCGAAUCUGUCCUUCCACUGUUGCUAAUGGUGGCGUCGUGCCAUCGGCCGAUGCUGCACGUAACCCGACGACAGCGUCCCCCACCGGCACGUUUUAAGGGGGGUUAAGCCUUCCCCCUAAUAAAGCCCAGUAAACUAAUGAGUGCUCUGUACUUCCUCUCACAAUAUUUAAGAGGCUAAACUGCAUGGCUUUCAUAAAACUUCCUCUGGAUUUGACCACUCUGAUUCCCUUCCAACCUUUUCGUACAUUCUCACAUAAUAUGUUUGAAUAUUAAUCAGAGCCUUGGAUUCUGCAACGGAAUCCCACCAAUCCUUUUGCAUGUUUCUAUUAGAUUUGUGCUUGUCCAAAUGCUGUCACUGAUUUUGUCAUUGUCUUGUCGUCUCCUCCAUGAUGCUACGCUAAUGGAUGUACCAUCAAAUGCACAAACCUGACGUCCAGAUCCAAAUGGGCCGAUGUACUACAAUGGCCUCUACCACCUCUUCUACCAGUACAACCCCAGUGGCUCGGUGUGGGGCAACAUCGUGUGGGCACACUCCGUCUCCACCGAUCUCAUCAACUGGGUAGCGCUCGAGCCGGCGAUCUACCCGUCGAAGCCCUUCGACAUCAAGGGUUGCUGGUCUGGCUCUGCAACCAUCCUUCCCGGCAACAGGCCCGUGAUACUGUACACUGGCCUCGACCCUCGUGAGAGACAAGUGCAGAACAUUGCGUACCCGAAGAAUCUCUCUGAUCCUUACCUCCGUGAGUGGGUGAAGCCCGACUUCAACCCUGUCAUUGCCCCGGACGAUGGGGUCAACGGCAGCGCCUUCCGUGACCCGACGACGGCGUGGCGUGGACCUAGUGGCCACUGGAAACUGGUGGUUGGCAGCAAGUGGAACAAGAGGGGCAAGGCGAUUCUGUACCGGAGUAGAGACUUCGUGCACUGGGUCAAGGCAAAGCACUCGCUCCACAGCGCCAGGGACACCGGCAUGUGGGAGUGCCCGGACUUCUACCCGGUGGCGUUGAAGGGGACGCGAGGCCUAGAUACGUCCGUGUAUGGCCAUGGCGUGAAGUAUGUGCUCAAGGUCAGCUUGGACAUCACGAGGUACGAGUACUACACGGUGGGGAAGUACUACCACGACAAGGACAAGUAUGUGCCCGACGCAACGUCGGCGGACGAUAACACCGGCUUGAGGUAUGAUUACGGCAACUUCUACGCUUCCAAGACCUUCUUCGACGGGAAGAAGCAGCGAAGGAUCCUGUGGGGGUGGGCCAACGAGUCGGACACCUCGGAUGUCGAUAAAGCUAAAGGUUGGGCGGGCAUUCAGAUGAUUCCAAGAACCAUUUUGCUCGACAGCAGCGGUCGACAGCUUGUGCAGUGGCCGAUCGAAGAGAUUGAAUCUCUCAGAGGCAAACACGUUGUUGUCGAGCACAAGAGGAUCCCAAGUGGUGGCUUCUUCGAAGUGACCGGGAUAGACUCUUCACAGGCGGAUGUAGAGGUGAGCUUUGAUGUCUCAGGCUUGGAGAAAGCUGAGGACUUCGAUCCUUCUUGGGCGACUGACGCCGAGGCACUCUGCGGCCGGAAGACAGCAGACGUGAAGGGUGGGGUUGGGCCAUUCGGAGUGCUGGUUUUGGCUUCAGCCAACAUGGAAGAGAAGACUGCUGUGUUCUUCAGGGUCUUCAAAGCUUACCACAAACAUGUAGUCCUCAUGUGUCAUGAUCCUACCAGGUCCUCACUGAGGGCAGGACUGUACAAGCCAACCUUUGCAGGCUUUGUCGAUGUCGAUAUAGCUAAAACUGGCAAGAUCUCCUUAAGGACCUUGAUUGAUAGCUCUGUGGUGGAGAGCUUUGGGGCCAAAGGCAAGACAUGCAUUACUUCCAGAGUUUAUCCCAGCUUGGCUAUCGGAGAAGAUGCCCACCUGUUCGUCUUCAACAAUGGAUCAACUGAUGUCAAAGUCUCCGAGUUGAAUGCAUGGGAGAUGAAGAAACCUCUGAUGAAUGGAGCAUAGUGAGACAAUCAUUGAAGUGUCCACUUCUACAAUAAGUUUUCGUAGCUUCAUGUCCACUGCAGUGUUAUCCUUGAAGGUUCUAAUUCCAGUUAUCCUUCAGAGUUUAUUGAAGUGCA